AAGGUUCAACCCCCUGAUUCCCUCCCCCAAAAAACAGAGUAAAUACGGAAACAGAGACUAAUCAAUAGAAAUUUCCCCUCCAAAUUAAGAAAGAGAGUAACUUGGGAUUCUUUGCUUCUCUCUUUUGCCUUCGCCCUUCUCUUCUUUAUUAUUAUUAUUAUUAUUCUCAUUUAAGUUCUCCCCUCCCCUGCUCUAUUAGUUUUCUCUCUAUCUUCUCUCUGUUUUCUUUUUUUUUAGAGAGAGAGAGAGAGAGAGAGAGAAUGAUGAAGAGAGAGGAGCAGUCAAGGUCUCUGUUUGGGAUUUCAUUGAGUGAUAGGCCAAAAUGGCAGCAAUUUCUCAUUUGCUCCUCUGGAUUCUUUUUUGGCUAUCUUGUCAAUGGUAUUUGUGAGGAAUAUGUCUAUAAUAGGUUGCAGUUUAGUUAUGGUUGGUACUUCACAUUUGUGCAAGGAUUUGUUUACUUAGGGCUGGUAUAUCUUCAAGGAUUCACAGUGAAGCAGAUGGUGAAUCCAUGGAAGACAUAUGUUAAGCUUUCAGCGGUUCUUAUGGGAUCUCAUGGGCUCACCAAAGGAUCUUUGGCUUUCCUUAAUUACCCUGCUCAGCUCAUGUUCAAAUCUACCAAGGUGUUGCCGGUUAUGCUAAUGGGGGCUUUUAUUCCCGGACUUCGGAGGAAAUAUCCAGCCCAUGAAUACAUUUCAGCAGUUCUUCUAGUGAUCGGUCUGAUCCUAUUCACUUUAGCGGAUGCUAACACCUCACCUAAUUUCAGUGUUAUUGGUGUCGUGAUGGUAUGUGGUGCCCUCGUCAUGGAUUCAUUUCUUGGUAACCUGCAAGAAGCCAUCUUUACGAUGAAUCCCGAAACAACUCAGAUGGAAAUGCUAUUUUGUUCAACUGUUGUUGGGUUGCCUAUGUUGAUCCCACCCAUGGUUUUGACUGGAGAAUUGCUCAGGGCAUGGUCUUCCUGCUCUCAGCAUCCAUAUGUUUAUGGUGUGUUGAUUUUUGAAGCGAUGGCCACAUUUGUCGGUCAAGUAUCGGUUUUGUCCCUAAUUGCAAUAUUCGGGGCUGCAACCACAGCGAUGAUAACCACAGCGAGGAAAGCAGUAACGCUUCUACUGUCAUAUUUGAUAUUUACCAAGCCUUUGACGGGGCAGCAUGGAACGGGACUCUUGCUUAUUGCCAUGGGAAUUACUCUCAAGCUUCUACCAGAAAAUGAUUCAAGUUCUCGGAAGGCAAAAAUUCAGCAGCAGCAGGAACAACAGGAGGAAGAAGAAUCCCAAGAGCUAGAAGAGAAAAGGGCUUUGGUCUAAAGACCGCUCUCCUGUAAAUUUAGUAGGGUUUUUAGCAAACACUUUUCCCCCCACAUUUUUAUUUUUUUCUUCUUUAGUUUUAAGGGGAUAUAUGAAGGGUACAUGUGUUUGUUCAAAGUGAUUGUAGUGCUAUUGGAAAGAAUAAAAAUGCAAUAGAGGGGAAGUUCCUCCUCCGUUUCAUUAGUAAAACUCAAGAUGAGCUUGAGUAAGACCACUUG